ACUUUAGGGUUAGUUAUUCACACCGAUCCACUUCACACUCAGACAGCAGUUCCCUCCUUUCUUUCCUUCUAUCUCUCUUACGCCCCUCUCAGCCUUGCGCCGCCGCAUCUCUGUAUCUCUCUGUCUCUCCGCCUGCAGCCACCGCAUCUCUCUCCCAGUCUCCCUCUGUUGUCAGUCUACUGUCUCCUUCGCCGACCAAUAAAAAAAAGAAAAAAAAAAAGAAAAAGAAAAAGAAAAAGAAAAAGAAAAGGGAAAAUCGAUUGCUUGACCGGUCCAACCAUAACCGGACCGAAUAGAACCGAUCGUCUCAACUUUUCGAAUCGGACCGAACCGAUUUGCACGUCUUAGCUUACCUUGCCCAGUUACCCUUUGGCGCUAAUUUAUGAAAUCAGACGCCUUUAAGGAGAGUACCCCUGCAUAUUUCUCUUCUUUCUCUCUUUCAAUUCUGGGAUUGGUUGACAAUUCCCUGUUGGUUUCUUAGAAUUCUAUUCCCACGACAAAACAUCUUCACUCAGUUCAUAAUUUAUACGAAGAGAAUUUCGCUCUCGUUCGAAUUUGCGAAAACAACUAAAUCUACAACCUCCUCGAACUUGCGGAUUAAAUUUUUGGGGUCCGGGGGAUAUUGGUUCGUUUCAUUGAUUUCUCUGAAAAGGCAUUUAUUCUGUUCCCAGUUCCGGUUCUGGCGGUGUUCAAAUGGCAAACAGUAAGUAUGAGUACGUGAAGCUGUUCGAAGAUGAUGAUGAGGUGAUGCUGCCCAAUCUGAUCGUCGUUCGAGUUGUUGCUCUUGAUUUUCGAAGGUUCUCUGAAGUUCAUGGAUUUGUGAAGCCAAAUGACGAAAAGGCUUUGGAGUUGAUGAAUUGCUGUGCAAUGGCCACAAUGGAAAUGUUUUCAGAUGUAAUAUUUUCAUAUGGAUUUAAUGACGAGUAUAGUUUUGUCUUUAAGAAGACAUCAAAAUUCUACCAAAGGCGUGCCAGCAAAUUAUAUUCGCUCGUCGUAUCUUUCUUUACCUCAGUAUAUAUAACAAAAUGGCAAGAUGUCUUUCUUCAGAAGAACUUGAGAUAUGCACCAUCAUUUCGUGCACAUGUAGUACGUUGUGCUUCUAUAGAAGUUCUUCAAGUAUAUCUUGCUUGGAGACAACAAUUCUGUCAUAUCAGUAACUUGGACAAUACAUGCUUUUGGAAACUGGUUGAAUGUGGGAAGACAGACAGGGAAGCCCAAGAUUUUCUGAAGGUUACGGAGAAGAAAGAGAAGCAUGAGUUGCUUUUUCAAAAGUUCAAUAUUAACUAUGCAAAUCUUAGUGCAAUUUUUCGUCAAGGAUCCUGCAUUUUGACGACAAAGGUUGAAGAUAUUGUGAAGUACCAUGAAGAUGGCACUCCUGUUAAGAGAUUGCGGAGAAAGGCGACAGUGAUUCAUUCACCAAAUAUUGCUGGACGAAAAUUUUGGAAUGAACAUUCCAUUCUUUUAAAGGAGCUAGGUGCUUUCGCAACGGACGUUGAUAAAAUAAAUCCAGAUUACGUUAGGUCCUUCCAAGUUGAGAAGACACUAAUGCCGUGUACAUGGGUAGUUAUAAGAAUAGAUGGCUGUCAUUUUCACAGGGUUUCUUUAUUCCAGUCUCCAGGUACUUCAAGUACAAUUUGGAAGAAUACAGAAUUUUCAGAAGUUCACGCGUUUGAAAAGCCAAAUGAUGAGCACGCUUUGAACCUUAUGAAUUCAUGUGCAGUUGCUGUGAUGGAGAAACUUCCUGACUUGGUCUUCUCCUAUGGCGUUAGUGAUGAGUACAGCUUUGUAUUGAAGAGGUAUUCUCAAAUUUAUGGACGUACAGCUAGUGGAAUGGUGUCCGCCAUUGUCUCAUUAUUUUCUUCCCUUUAUGUAAUGAAAUGGAGAGAAUUCUUCCCACAUAAAGAGCUGAAGUACCCACCUUCAUUUGAUGGACGAGCUGUGUGUUAUCCGUCGGAUGAGGUCCUUCGGGACUAUCUAGCAUGGAGACAGGUUGAUUGUCACAUAAAUAAUCAGUAUAAUACAUGUUUCUGGGAGCUUGUUAAGUCUGGAAAAAGUAAAAGUGAAGCUCAAGCCUGUCUCAAGGGUACUCAAACACAAGAGAAGGAACUCUUGCUUCACUCACGAUUCAAUAUUUCUUACAAUGAGUUACCACUCAUGUUUCGUCAAGGUUCUUCUGCAUUCUGGGACAAGAAAGAUGCCACAACGGGGGACAAGAAUCCAGAUGCUUGUUGCGAGAGAAAAAUUGUUGUUGUGCAUUCUAAUAUAAUUGAACGUAGUUUUUGGGAAGAUCAUCCAUGGAUACUCGACAAAGAAGCAUGGAUACUCGACAAGGAAGCAUGGAUACGCGACAAAGCAGCAUGGCUUUUUUAAGGAGUCUCUCUCUGUAAUUGUAUAGAAAUCUUGAUUUUGUUUAUCAUUUAGAGAACAAAAUUACACUUCUGGCUCCAUGAAAGACUUGGUUUCUAUUUGGUUCUGUAAUGAUGUUUAAGGCCCCAACCUAUAGAAAGGGCUUCGUAUCUAGUACACCUAACAAGUAUUAUAGAAGAAGAGCUUGGAGGACA